AACGCUGAGCGGCAGGAACUGUCUGGGCGAGGUAGCUAACAUCCCAUAACCGAAUGGAGUAAUAAUCUCGUUACAUUUCAUGAAAACCAGCUCACCACAUUCAUUAUAACACUGUAAACAGUAUAAACCUCCAACGAAGCCAUGACAGAGGACCUGAGUGCUCAAACUUGGUCCAUCAACAAGGACGAUUAUGUUCUCAACGAGGUGAUUGGGAGUGGUGCCACAGCCGUGGUGCAGGCGGCCUACUGUGAUCCCAGGAAGGAGAGGGUGGCCAUUAAACGCAUUAACCUGGAGAAGUGUCAGACCAGUAUGGACGAGCUCCUGAAAGAGAUCCAGGCCAUGUCCCAGUGCCACCACCCCAACAUUGUGUCCUACUACACAUCCUUUGUAGUGAAGGACGAGCUGUGGCUGGUGAUGAGGCUACUCAGUGGCGGCUCAGUACUGGACAUCAUUAAACACAUCAUAUCUCGUGGGGAGCAUAAGUCUGGGGUGCUGGAUGAACCGUCCAUAGCCACAAUCCUCAAAGAGGUCCUAGAAGGACUGGAGUACCUGCAUAAGAAUGGGCAGAUCCACAGGGAUCUGAAGGCUGGUAAUAUUCUUCUAGGGGACGAUGGCUCCGUGCAAAUCGCAGACUUUGGUGUGAGUGCCUUCUUAGCGGCGGGAGGAGAUAUGACUAGGACUAAGGUUAGAAAGACGUUUGUUGGAACGCCAUGUUGGAUGGCCCCAGAGGUCAUGGAGCAGGUCAGAGGUUAUGACUACAAAGCAGAUAUCUGGAGUUUCGGGAUCACAGCCAUCGAGCUGGCUACAGGCGCUGCCCCAUAUCAUAAAUAUCCACCCAUGAAGGUACUGAUGUUGACCCUGCAGAAUGACCCUCCCUGCUUGGAGACAGGGAUCCAGGACAAGGAGAUGGUGAAGAAGUAUGGCAAGUCCUUCAGGAAGAUGAUAUCUAUGUGUCUACAGAAGGAGCCUGAGAAAAGACCAACUGCUGCUGAGCUGCUAAAGCAUAAAUUCUUCACUAAAGCAAAGAAUAAUGAAUACUUGGAAGAGAAGCUCCUUCAGAAGGGUCCAUCGAUAGUAGACAGAUCCAAAAGGGUGCGCCGUGUGCCUGGCUCCAGCGGUCGUCUUCACAAGACCGAAGACGGGGAGUGGGAGUGGAGUGAUGACGAACUGGAUAUGGAGAGUGAGGAGGGCAAGGCAGCCGUGGCAGCUCUACGGUCUCCCAGAGUGAAAGAUGGAUCCAUCGAGAUCUUCCCUACAGAGGAUGGUUCUCCCAGUCGGCUCCGUCCUGGAGGGGCAGGGCAGGACAAGCCAGGCGAGGCCACCCUUACCCAGGGAGAAGCUGUAGCCCAGGACCCUGCCGUCACCAAAGUCCCCAUCAGCCUGGUGUUGAGGUUGAGGAACUUGAAGAAAGAACUGAACGACAUCCGGUUUGAGUUCAUGCCUGGUAGAGAUUCAGCAGAUGGAGUGUCUCAGGAGUUGGUAUCUGCAGGUCUAGUCGAUGGGAAAGACGUAGUGGUUGUUGCUGCAAACCUGCAGAAGAUUGUUGAUGAUGCUUUCAACAAUAAAAAUAUCACUUUCAAACUGGCAUCUGGCAUAGACGAGUCGGAGAUCCCUGACGAUGUCAAACUGAUGGGUUUCGCUCAGCUCAGCAUCAGUUAACUCAAUAUUCCGUCAACAAAGGAGAACAAUCAGUAUUGCACAGCAGCAUAGUUCUAAAUUCCAAGACACCACUCUUGCCAAAGAAGAGCGCUACAGUGCAUUUGUCAACCUGUAGGGUUCUUUUCUUUACUGAAACCUGCAGUGUUAGUUAAAAUAGAUGGGCUCUGAGAAUGGGACCAUUGUAACAAAAAGACAACAGAACAGGAAAUCACUUAAAAGAGUUUACAGCAGUGUAUCUGGGAGGGAGGACGGCAACGCAAUCGACUUAAAAAUAAACAACAAAUGUUUCUUACUUAGUUUUCUACAUUUAGCUCUACAAUCCAAAACAUAUUCUAAUAUAACUCCUGUCAGUUCUGGAAGUGAUAACUUAUAGUGCCUUCGGAAAAUAUUCAGACCCCUUGACUUUUUCCACAUUUUGUUACGUUACAGCCUUAUUCUAA